AUGAGUAUUAAGCUGGUAGUUGGUGGGUUUUCUGUAAACGUUACUAGUGCAUACACUCCUCAGGUAGGUUUGGACCAUGAGGUCAAGAUGCAAUUCUGGGAGGAUUUGGACGAGAUGGUGCAUAGUAUCCCGCACACAGAGAAGUUGUUCAUUGGCAGAGAUUUCAAUGGUCAUAUUGGGGCUAGUGCUAGGGGUUAUGAUGAUGUGCAUGGCGGGUACGGUUUUGUGGAUAGGAAUGAGGGAGGUAAUUCACUGUUGGAUUUUUCUAGAGCUUGUGAUUUGGUUAUAACUAACUCGAGUUUUCCGAAGAGGGAAGAGCACCUGGUCACUUUCCGGAAUUCAAUAGGCAAGACUCAGAUUGAUUAUAUUCUCUGCAGGAAAUGCGAUAAAAGUCUUUGCACUGACUGUAAGGUCAUCCCAAGUGAGCACCCCACGACUCUACAUAGGCUGCUAGUUUUGGACCUGGAGAUAAAGAGGAGUAGGAGGAAGAGGGCGGGGUGUAGGCAACCUAAGAUCAAGGUAGCUGCUAGAGAGGUCUUAGGGGUCACAAAGGGCUCUCCUGGGGGUCAUAUAUGGGACUGGUGGUGGAAUGGAGAGAUUCAAGGUAAAGUGGAAGCUAAGAAAGCUGCUUAUUUGAAGCUAGUAGAGAGUACAAAUGAGGAGGAAAAAAGGACUUAUCCGGAGUGUUACAGAAAAGCAAAGAACGCGGUGUUUGCUCAUUUGUACGAGGAGCUUGAGGGCAAAGGUGGGGACAAGAGGUUGUACCAGUUGGCCAAGGUGAGGGAUAGGAAAGCCCGCUAG